AUGUCAGGGACUGGUAAUCGUGGAGCUAAGGUCCAGUGUAAUGGAGUCAAAAAACACAGAACAUCUCUGCCAGCUCCUAUGUUUUCACGGAAAGACAUCAGCAUUUGGAGUAUUCUGAGGAAAUGUAUUGGAAUGGAACUGUCUAAAAUCACCAUGCCAGUUGCCUUUAAUGAGCCACUGAGUCUUCUCCAACGACUGACAGAGUACAUGGAACAUACAUACCUGAUUCACCAAGCCGAUGCCUCAACAAACUCCACUGAGAGGCUGAAGUGUGUUGCAGCAUUUGCAGUUUCUGCUGUCGCAUCUCAGUGGGAGAGGACGGGUAAACCAUUUAACCCUCUGUUAGGGGAAACCUAUGAGCUGAUCAGAGAUGACUUGGGCUUCAGGUGGAUAUCUGAACAAGUGAGCCACCAUCCACCCAUAAGUGCAUUCCAUGCUGAAGGCUUAAAUGAUGACUUUGUGUUCCAUGGCUCUAUCUACCCUAAACUCAAAUUCUGGGGGAGGACUCUGGAGGCUGAGCCCCGUGGUACUAUCACACUGGAGCUUCCCAAACACAGUGAAGCCUACACUUGGAGCAACCCAACAUGCUGUGUUCACAAUAUCAUUGUGGGUGAGCUGUGGAUUGAGCAGUAUGGUAAUGUGGAGGUCAUCAACCACAAAACUGGGGAACGAUGCAGCCUGACAUUCAAAAGAUGUGGCGUCUUUGGCAAAGAGCUCCACAAAGUGGAAGGUUACAUAUUCGAUAAAAGUAGAAGGAAAUUGUGUGCCAUUUAUGGCAAGUGGACUGAGUGUUUGUACACGGUGGAUGCAGCUACAUUCGAUGCUCACAAAACUGCUGACAAGAAGAAUCCUGAGGAGAAAAAAAUCAGCAAGCAAAAGAGCGUUGAUGUGGAGCCUGAGGAGAUGCCUCCACCAGACACAGAGACAGUACAAGUCAUCCCUGGCAGUGACUGUAUCUGGAGGAUAUGCUCACGGCCAGACAAUUCCUCUAAGUACUAUGCCUUCUCCACAUUUGCCAUGCAACUCAAUGAGCUGGAAAAAGACAUGGAAGGCGUCAUACCCAGGACUGACUGCCGUCUGAGACCGGACAUCCAGGCUCUGGAGAAUGGAGACAUUGAUUUGGCCAGCACAGAAAAGAAAAGGCUAGAAGAAAAGCAGAGGACAGCCAGGAAAAAUCGCUCCAAGUCAAAUGCAGAGUGGAAGAUUAGGUGGUUUCAGCAAGGACCAAACCCACACAGCGGUGCUCAGGACUGGCUCUACACCGGCGGCUACUGGAACAGAAAUUACUCUGAAGUCCCCGACAUAUACUAA